AUGGCGUCCCUUCGCACUGUGCCGCGCCUGCUGCAGCUGCGCCCCCUGCUGCAGCCCGGAAUGCUGUGCCCCUGCCACGGCCAGCCGCUGCGGCCGCCACCGCCGCCCGCGCCUGGCGGCUGGCUCGAGCUAGGGCGAUGGCGAUGCGCUGGCGGCGGCGGCGGCGCGCCGCUGGAGGAGGCCGCCGGCGCGUGCACGCCCGAUGCGUCCCUGGUUCAGUUUGGCGCCCACACUUUGCUGCGAAUGCCCGUGCCGGCGAUGGCGGCGGCGGCGCGCGGCUUCUGUCGACCCCUUGGUCUUGGUGAGGCGGUCAUUGUGGCGUCCGAGGCUGUCGUGCCGUCCGAGGCGCUGGACGCGCAGCUGCUCCUUGGACCUGCGCUGCUGGUUGUGCCGUCGGCCCCUCCUGCCCAGCUGGCAGGCAAUGCGGCUGCAGAGGAGGACAGUGGCGGCGGCGACGGCGGCGACGGCGUGCGAGGGUCAGGGCAGGCCGCCGGCGCAGACGCCAACGCGCGGCGCGUGCGUGCCCUGUGUUCGUCCCUCCGCACGCGCGACGCGAUGCUGCUGUGCAGCUGCGAGGCCGACCUGGACGCGCGCCGCUCACUGCCUGUGAAGCAGUGGUGCGCGCUGCAGGCCGGUGGCGAGGGCGCUGCGCUGCUGCUGUGGCGCCUGGCCAGCGCGGAGCAACUGCUGCCACCGAGCGACGACGACGCCUCUGCGGCGGGCGCAACCCCCAACCAAUCAACGAUGGUUGCAGCGCGAGCGGAAGACGAGGCAGAAGCCGAGGCCCACGCUGAGGCGGCGGCAGAGGCAGAGGCGGCAGCGGCGCUCUCUCUGUUGGAUGCUGCCAGGGUAGGCGUCCCCGGCCUUACGAGAGCCGCCUCCGGCGCCGGGCUCAUGCCGGCGCUGCCGUUGGGGAUUGCGGCCUGGUCGCAGGCCAUCCUCCAAGUGAGCACGGCCAGCUACACGCAGCAGCCGUCCGCGCCUGCGGCCCAGGCUGCGCCAGGCGCCGCCAACGGCGGCGGGCCCGCGGCCGAGGGCGGCGGCGGAGGCGGGGUCAGCGCCGGGGAGCAGGAGGAGGGGGGUGGCGGCAAGGGGCCCGACGCCGCGAGCGGUGCGCGGCCUGCAGGGGCGGGUGCACAUGGGCUGCGGGCACAGGAGGAGGGUGCGGUCCGCGGCCGGGCAGGCCAGUGUGGAGACGCAGGCGGCGGCGGCGGAGACGGGGCUGGGCAGCAGCACACGCGGCACACAGAGGGCGCCGUGGGUGGGGGCCAGAGGCGGCUGCGGCUGGCGUCGUCCAGCGGGAGGGCAGGCAGUGGCAGCAAGGGCGGCAAGAGCGGCAAGGGCGGCCUGAGCCUCAGCCGUAUUGGCGCAUGA